AUGUUCUCACCCCUAACUGUGGUGAGCUCAGGGUUGGGCAGGAGAAGCUUGGAGGUCCAGCCAAUGGAUGGUGAACUUGAAUUGGAAUCUCCCAUCCAACUCCUUGUGCUCAAUGAGAAGGUUGGUCUUGCAAAACUUGAUGUCCAUCCAACCUGGUUCAGUGGCUCUCUAUCAGUUGGGUUCACUCCAGCAGCACACAAGAUAGGUAGGAGAUGGUCAAGGAAGGCAUCAAGUUCCCUGUGUCAGAUCUAUCUCCCCUUGAUCCUCUUGCCAUCCUUGUGCGUGAGAGAAUGGGCUUGA